GACCUUAUUGGGCGCUUUUUCGGUCUGCUGGCCUAAUGACGCCAUCUAUUGAUUCUAACAUCACUCAGAGUCUCUCCACUUUUGAACAACCUACAGACCGAGCAAACAGUUCAGGUGUUUCAAGUUUGUGGCAAGAAGUGGUUGCUCGUCUCGAAGCUUCGGUCGAACAAGAUAUAUGCUCAGAUGAUCCAUUAUUAGUAAUAAAAUCUAUUCGGAUUCUUCGUCAAUUCGUUGUGGCUAGUGUAAUGAACAAGCUGGUUGUUGGAAAUAGCUCUGUUCUUCGUCCUCGGUUGCUCAAUUCACUUGGUCGUUUAAAUCAAUGGUCUGCCACACAUAUCAAUGUAUGUAUUGACUUAUUUGGCUUGGUCAACAGUCUAGUUCGAGAUUGUUCUUCAUUGUCAGAGGAUAUUCUUAAUCACCCGGAACUUUUGACUAAUUUCAUGAAUUUAAUUUUAAGUGAGAAAACAGAUCCAAUGGUUCGUGAAGCAGAUUUAUUAUUCCUGCGUAGUCUUUUCAGAGCUGGAGACUUGGGUUCAGUAGUUGUACAAUCACCUCGAGAAAAAAUUGCUAUCGAACUUUUCACAGAAGCGACAUUACAAGUAUUGAUCAAUUCACUUUUAUUCAGUUUUCCCGAUACAAUUUCGGAGUGCACCACCACCAACAAUAGCAACAAUUUGGUCUUAUCAUCCAAUCAAUCUGCCCUUGUAUUAACAGCAAACGCUAGAUGCUCACUUAUAGAAAUUUUAUCCGUAUUAUCUACGAGCUGUGAACUAGCUGAACGUCUUCAUCGAUGCGGUGCAUUGAAUUUGUGCCAUCAAAUCAUUAUGUUCAUUUCAUGUAGGCAUCGCCUCUGGUCAGGUGAUCAACCCAAAUCAAACUCAAUGGAUCGAGGAAAAACUCUAUGCAAUCGUAUUGGUUGUAAUCGUACUAUUAGUCCAAGUAACCAACUGGCUGCUAGAUUUUCACUGAAAUUGAUGUUACAUCUAUUUUUCCAUUUACCAAAUGCAUUAGAUUCAUUUAAAAAAAUUUACAAUGAAGAAGAACCGAUUAAAUUAGUUGCCUGUUAUAGUCAUUUAACAGGAACUAUGCCUCCAGUAUUACCUAAUGUUUGCUAUUCAACACCGCGUUAUCAACGUACCAAGCGAGUUCUUAGUGGUAAUAUCCCAUCAACUUAUUCUACUAAUAAUACUCCUAUCAACCAUGAUACCUCAUCAGGUACAUCUACUGUCAUUUUUACAUCUCCCAAUGAAUCUAAUCUUGAAGAUGCAUCUCGAAAAUUUCAUCAGAACUCUGUUGAUUCAACUGCAUCGACUGACAGACAAUCAGGAUCAUCAUGUCCUGUUGAUAGUCGUAUAACUAUUUCAACGUGUUCUUGUGUACCAUUAGACCAUGGGACGUUUGCUCUCACUGGUCUACUUCGUGGUUUAAUUUAUUGGCGUUUAGCUAAUCAGUAUGCUAAUUCACAGACAGUUGAGGCGAUAGAUCAAUUCGGAACUCAUGUAAUCACUUCUGCUGGUCUAGGAAUUACUGGGGAUGAUAUUGCUUUAUUAAUCAUUCAGCCACUUACAGAAAGUUGUCUUCAUUUAGAAGCAACACGUAUAAUGACAUGGGUAUGCCAUGUUCUAGUUCUUGUUUUGGAUAAAAGUCCAGAAUUGCAUAUGUGGACUGUAUAUACUAAUUCGUUUGUACGUGAAGUAGACUAUCGUGUUACAUCUUUAUUAAAAGCUGUUCAAGAAGCAUCUGAUACUCAAAGUCAUACACAGUUUUUGGAGCAUUUAAUUCCAUUGGUUAAAUUAUUUUCUUGUCUGGCAUCUGGGCAUGAAUCCACUCGAAUACUUGUUGGCGAACUAACGAUGUGCAAAAAACUUAUAGACUUUGCGAUGCGUUUAAAGCCAUUGGGUAGUGAAAAUGCAAAUCUCGUAUUGCAAUUUCAGCAUUCUAUUGUUGUCCUAUUACAUGUACUAUCUCGAUCAUUCAGUUUACAUCAUACACUUUUUAAAAAUCCAACAAUUGGACGAUAUUUACUAAAAAUAAUUGAUGAUAAUCUGCCGAAUACAAUUAAAGGUUCUUAUCUAAGUGCGAAACUAGUCGAAGCAGCUUCAUCUACCUUAAUCAACCAAGUACUCCCAAUGUGUCCGUUGAAAGAAACUUUAAUUGAUGAUUUUAUCAGUAUUUUCAUCCGUUUACUGACAAUUGGAAAUGUACAGUCAUCAUCUCUGUUAAUAACUAAAGUUGAAUCAAACAGUCAAUCAAUCAAUACAUGCGAUGCUGAUAGUUUUAAUAAUAAUAUUAAUGACAGUAGUAAUAAUCCUAGUACUAAUGAUAACUCAUCUCGUCCUUCAAUAACAAAAUCUAACUUAAAUAGUCCAGCAACAACAAUGACAAAUCAUCAGUUUCAUGAUAUUAUACCAGUAUUACAUUUGAAUGGAAUAUGGGGAUUAAGUAAUUUAUUGCACACCGCUAAUUCAAGUGUUUGUAUAAAUCUCUUUCAUGAAUUAGUUAAUAAAGGUGUAUGGUUAGAAUUACUACAGUUGGCUUCAUCGAUACCAAAUAAUGAAUUUAAUUUUUCGUUUCCUAUGAAAAAUGAAUGGGAAGGUAAUAUGAAAAUAACUAAUUUCGAUAUGAAUUCAGGAAAUAGAGUUCCUGUAAUACCAGGAAUUAUGGUAUCACAUCAAAGUACUGAAAUUAAAUAUAUUGGUGAAUUUAAUCAAAGCAAUGAAAAAAUCAAUGAUGAUCAUUCGAAACAGAAAUACCAAACAAAUUUAAAUUUAUUAAAUCGUUCCAAUACUACUCAUCAUUAUAAUCAGCAUCAAUUAUUUUUGUCGAAUAAUACACAAUCUAAAUUUAAGUUUUCUAAAAAUAGUGCACAAAUUCAUAUUUUAAUUGUUUAUCAAACAUUGAGCUUUUUACGUAAUCUACUUCGUGAUGAACAAUUCAUAGACACUGUAGUGAGUGAGCAUUGGUGGAAUAUCACUCAAUUUAUAAUUGCUGUAUUGGAGUCGAACUAUCCUCAACCCGUCAAAGAACAGGCUGUACUUGUGAUCGCACAUAUUGCCACUGGUCGAACUGCACGAUGCGAAGUUCACAGAAACGGAGAUUUAGUUGAAAAACUCACAUUAUUUAUGCGUUCACAAAAUAGUUACACAAAAGCUGCUGCAUUGACUGCAACUUAUAAUCUUUUAGGCUUACAAACUGAAUGUCUCGAUUCUUGUGGAUUAUUGAGCGCAUUUAAGGUGAAACAUAAACCAUAUAUUUUAUCGCAUAGUAGACGUUUAAGAGUUCAACAUCAUCGUCAUGAAACUCAUCAUCAUCACCAUCAUCAUGGAAAAAAACAAGAUCUAGGCAAUCAAUCAACAUCUUUAGUAUCUUGUAGUAUAAAUCGUCGUGAAACAUCAACAUGUAUGGCUCAAAAUGCUUUAGAAGAAGAAGUUGAGGAAGAAGAACAACAACAGCAAGAAAAUGAAAAUCAAGACAUAAUUGUAGAAGCCAGUGAUGAUUUUAUCAGUGAAAAUAUAUCAUCUGAACAAACUUCUAUUAUACCUCAAACUUCUGAUACUGCUAUAUCUUUCAAUAUUGAUGAAAAUGAUGAUAAUGACAACACUGAUCAAUCUAGAUUACGUACACUUCGAAGACGAAGAUAUUAUCGAUCAUGGCAAGCAACUUCACCUUCCAUGUCAGAUAAUCACGAACUAUUAGAAAUAAAUGAGCAAGAAAGACAACUUAAUGAACCAUCCACUGAAAUUACUCGAUCACCAUCUUCACACUCAAGAUCAUCGUCAUCAUCAUCAUCGUCAUCUGGUACCUCUUCGACCUCAUCAUGUGUUGGUGAAACCAGUGUUGGUACUGAAUUGACAAAUUUACAUCAAUCAGUUAUAGUUGAUAUGUGUAGUAUGUCAUCGCCUAGUUGUACUGAUGAAGAUGUGGAAGAUAUAAAUCAACACGCUGUUACACUAAGUUCUCUAUCACCCACAUUAACGAUAAGUGAUCGAGCUCCAUUAGCUGACGAAGAACAUGACGAAGAUCGUGGUACUACAGCGGAAAUGCAACAUUCAGGUAUGACAGAUUCAGAUUUGCUUAGUCCAUUAUCUUCUUCUAGUCAAAAAUGUGAAAUAGGUUCAAAUCCAGAUGAUGUUUCAAGUACAGAAUGUCUUGAUCUGAAUAGUUCAGAACAAAUCAACAACAAUACAACACAGAAUAUUUUUAAUAAUAAUACGGACAAUAGCAAUAAUAAAAACGAUGAUAAUAAUGCUAAUAAUGGAAAUCUCCCAUCUACUUCUCAUCACCUUUCUCACUCUACCAUUUCAACGUCAAAUUCUCGUCGAGAUUGGGAAACCGGAUUUUGUCAAAUUUUAUUACCUUUCUUACAAGAAUUAGAUUCAGAUCAGAUAUUACGUAGUACAUGGGAUUGGUUAAUGUUAUGCGCUAAUAAAGAUGGUAAACCCGUAUUUUUGAAUAGUUUAUUUCAUGCAUGGCAACGAUUAUAUACAAAUAUACCAAAUUUAACUACAAUACAAACGCUACAACCUGAAAUAGCUCAGUCUUCAUCUGUCAGUAAUGAUAAUAACAAUAAUAUUACUGUAAGUGAAUUUCUAAGUAAAAUUAAAGAAUCAAUGGAAACAGGCACGUCACCUAACUCAUUAUUGAUUAAUUUGCCACGAUAUUGGGAAAAUCGACAUCGCCACCGAUGUCGACGUCAACACCGCCACCACUGUCACCAUCGUCACCGUCAUCGUGUACGUCGACAAAAUCAACAACACUCUACUACUACCACAGAUCGACCGGAAUCAAUUAAUACAGUCGACACAAAUUCACCAGUGCCUCCAUCAACAUCAAAUGAAAACCUUGAACAAACACGUUAAAUAUUUCGGAAAUUUUCUUUUCUUUGAGAGAGUUAUGUUUUUGUUUCAUAUUGGAAUGUUUGUUUAGUUUGACUUUUUUCAGGUAUUUUUUCGAUUGUUUAUUUGGUUUUCAUUUUACAUUUCGCCUCAAUAAGUGUGGGUAUGUGCGUGCGUGUGUUUAAUUGUAUUCAGAUACAUUGAGAAUAAUACGCACAAUCAUACUUUCGUAUGUUUUGCACUAUUUCAUGACACUGUACACACUUUUGAGUUUUAUUGUUUGUUUUUUUAAGAAUAAAACCAGUAAACCGGCAACAGAAAUAACCAUAUUUCAAUGUUUUUCUUGUGUCUUUCUAAAUAAACUCACAUUAUGAUCAUUAUUUAUAUUAUGAUAAUGUUUAUGUGCAUUGUCCCUUCUUCUAAUUAUUACUUAUCUGAUGCACAUAAAAUUUUGUUUAUCACUCUUAUCAUCUCAUGAAUAUCAUCAAAUCGUCAUCAUCACCAUUCCUAUUAAAUUACCCUUGAUUGAUUAACUUCUUGUUAUUGAAAAACACGUAAACAAACAAGUAAAAGCAAGCAAAUGAUCAAAUCAAAUUCUUUUAUUCGCUAUAAUGAUAACGAUAUUAAUUAUUUUUCAAGAUGUAUGAAGUAUGUAGAUUUCGGGUUUUUUAAGAGAAUGUUUUUAUGUUCGGGAAAAAAGCCUAUUAUCUUUAAUUUUUCUGUCUUGAUUACAUAGAUAUUGUCAUUAUGUUUUUGCUAUCCAUUUAUUAUUAUUAUCACCGUUGCUAAGACCCUAAAAUGUGUCAUAUCUGCAACUCUUUCAUAUUCCCCUUUCAUUUCACCCUUCCUUUCCUAUUUCGUCCGUAUGUAUGCAAAGCAUAUACAAACAGGAAAGGUGCAUUGUUUGUAACUUGACUUACAUUUUCUUAAAAGAACACAAACAUUGAAAUGUAUUAUUGUGUAAAGUACAUUUCAAAGAAAUUCAAAUUAUCGUUAUCCUUUUUUGUGAUUUACUAGUGUCAUUACGGUUACUAGAUGAAUCGUAUACAUAAUGGAGUGAUUUUAC